AUGAAUAUCAAUCAGAAAUCACAAUGGAAUACUUCUGCUAUUCAUACUAAUUCAUUCGAACAUCACGAUGAUCAUCUUCCGUCUACAGUUAAAUCUAACGAAACCUUUUCUGAUAAACCAUACAAAGCUUUACAAACAUUACGUAGUGCUCAAAUUGGUGUUCGUUUACCAAAUAAAAUAUUUAUUCAUGCUAUUGAUCAAUUUCUUAAAUAUAUACGAAAUGAAACAAAUAAAGUUUGA